CCCGGGGCCGAGCCAUUUCCCACAAUGCCGCGUUCCGGAAGUUGCCUCUCCAGAAAGGUGACCGGUUCAGCGGCGUAGCUCUCUAGUCGUCACCAGGAGGAAGCGGAGCUGGCAGCCGGCUCCGGGCCAGUCGCGGAAGGCAGUUAUGGGCGCCGUCGUCCCGGAUUUUAAUUUUGUGUCAUUGAGCAAUCCAUGAAGUGCCAACAUGGGAAAGAAACGAACAAAGGGGAAAAGUAUUCCAGUUAAGGCUUCUUCUGAAUCUGCAGAACCAAUGUGUAGACACCUUAGAAAAGGGUUGGAACAAGGUAAUUUGAAAAGAGCUUUAGUGAAUGUGGAAUGGAAUAUCUGCCAAGACUGUAAGACUGACAAUAAAGUGAAAGAUAAACCUGAGGACGAAGCAGAAGACCCUUCAGUUUGGCUGUGUCUUAAAUGUGGCCAUCAGGGCUGUGGCAGAGAUUCUCAGGAGCAGCAUGCCUUGAAGCACUACUCGACACCAAGAUCGGAGCCUCACUAUCUGGUGCUAAGUUUGGACAAUUGGAGCGUCUGGUGUUACAAGUGUGAUGAGGAGGUCAAAUACUGUAGUUCAAACCGAUUGGGCCAAGUGGUUGAUUAUGUUAGGAGACAAGCUGGUACUACAGCUCCAAAGCCAGAGAAAGAUAAUGGACACAUUGAACUUGAAAAUAAAAAAUUAGAAAAAGAGAGUAAAAAUGAACAAGAGAGAGAGAAAUCAGAAAACAUGGCUAAAGAAAAUAUUCCCAUGGACUCUGCUUCCCAGAUAACUGUGAAAGGACUCAGUAAUUUGGGAAAUACUUGUUUCUUCAAUGCUGUUAUGCAGAAUUUGUCACAAACACCAGUGCUUAGAGAACUACUGAAAGAAGUGAAAAUGUCUGGAACAAUUGUAAAAAUAGAGCCACCUGAUCUGGCACUAACAGAACCUUUAGAAGUGAACCUUGAGCCUCCAGGUCCUCUUACUUUAGCCAUGAGCCAGUUUCUUAAUGAGAUGCAAGAGAACAAAAAGCGAGUUGUGACGCCUAAGGAGCUCUUUUCUCAGGUCUGUAAAAAAGCAACACGUUUUAAAGGGUACCAGCAACAAGACAGCCAGGAGCUACUUCGCUACUUACUGGAUGGGAUGAGAGCGGAAGAACACCAAAGAGUGAGUAAAGGAAUUCUUAAAGCAUUUGGUAAUUCUACUGAAAAAUUGGAUGAAGAAGUAAAAAAUAAAGUUAAAGAUUAUGAAAAGAAAAAGACAAUCCCAAGUUUUGUGGACCGCAUCUUUGGUGGCGAACUAACUAGUACAAUCAUGUGUGAUGAAUGCAGGACUGUCUCCUUGGUACAUGAAUCUUUCCUUGAUUUGUCUCUCCCAGUUUUAGAUGACCAGAGUGGUAAGAAAAAUAUAAAUGAUAAAAAUGUGAAAAAGACAAUGGAGGAAGAAGAUAAAGACAGUGAGGAAGAAAAAGAUGACAGCUAUAUGAAGACAAGAAGUGAUAUUCCUUCAGGAACAAGCAAGCACAUACAGAAAAAAGCAAAGAAGCAAGCCAAAAAGCAAGCCAAAAACCAACGAAGGCAACAGAAAAUUCAAGAGAAGGUUCUUCACUUAAAUGAUAUCUGUACCACUGACCAUACUGAAGACAAUGAACAUGAAGCUGAAAUGUCACUUCCAGGAGAAGUGGAAGUAGAUAUUGAAUCCAACCAUGUUUCUCAAGAGGAGGUUAUACAUACAGAAUUUUUUGUUCAUGAGCAAGAUUUGAAUGGCCAAGAGAAAAUGAUAGAAAGUACAACUGACAGUCAAUGUCUAGAGGCACGCGGUGUGAGAAAUGUCAACGGUGAGAGUGAUCUGGAGAUUGUGACAUCUGCUACCGAAUGUACUAGGGAUUUAAAUGAUGCCUUUCUGGAGGAAGGGACCAAUGGAGAACUUGACAUUACCAAUGGUUUAAAAAACCUUAAUUUGAAUGCUGCUAUUCAUCCUGAUGAAAUCAAUAUAGAGAUUCUGAAUGACAAUCAUUCUCCUGCGGCAAAGGUGUAUGAGGUCAUGAAUGAGGAUCCAGAAACUGCUUUCUGUACUCUUGCGAACCGGGAAGCUUUCAGUACUGAUGAGUGUUCAAUCCAACAUUGUUUGUAUCAGUUCACCCGUAAUGAGAAACUUCAAGAUGCAAAUAAACUGCUUUGUGAAGUGUGCACAAGACGGCAGGGUAAUGGACCAAAGGCAAAUAUAAAAGGUGAGUGGAAACAUGUUUACACCAAUGCAAAGAAGCAGAUGCUGGUCUCCCUUGCUCCUCCUGUCCUCACUCUCCAUUUGAAGAGAUUUCAGCAGGCUGGUUUUAACCUACGCAAAGUUAACAAACACAUAAAGUUCCCGGAAAUCUUAGAUUUGGCUCCUUUUUGUACCCUUAAAUGUAAGAAAAGGAUUUCAAAGAUCACAGAAGCCAUGCUGCUGUACUUGCACUGUGUUAAUAAUGUUGUGGAAGAAAGUACCAGAGUAUUGUAUUCCUUAUAUGGAGUUGUUGAACACAGUGGUACUAUGAGGUCAGGGCAUUAUACUGCCUAUGCCAAGGCAAGAACUGCAAGUAGUCAUCUCUCUAAUCUUGUUCUUCAUGGUGACAUUCCACAAGAUUGUGAAAUGGAAUCAACGAAAGGGCAGUGGUUUCACAUCAGUGACACACAUGUGCAAGCUGUGCCUGUAACUAAAGUACUCAACUCACAAGCAUAUCUCCUAUUUUAUGAGAGAAUACUGUAAUAACAAAAGUGCUUUCUCUGGAAAUACACCUAUGGCUUUUAUACUGGCUAUUUAACAAAAAUAACAAUAAAAAGUUAACUAACUAUAAAUUAUGUUCACCUAAAUGACAAAAACAAUCAUGUUUAUUUAAAUACUUAUGGGAAAAUACUUAAUUCACAACGGUUUUUGUAUUGUCAUACUGAUUUUUAUUACUAAAGUCCUGUGCUUAAUCUGACUGGGUGGUAGUUCUCGACACAUCAAUAAACUGAUAUCCCCAAAA